CACUUUCUUCCUGAAUCCCUAAAACUGAAAAAUAUCUCGAAAACCUUGCUGCCGCUCUCUCAGAUUCUCCAUGGACGAAAUCGCCAUCAAAGGGCUGGAACCGAACGAAAGUAUUUGGGAUCUAAGAAGACGUUGCGAUAAGAUUUUAGUCGAGGGGUAUGACACAUCACUUCCUGUGAAUUGUGUCAGAAACGCGCUGCGUGAACAUUUCUCUUCAUGUGGAGAGAUCGUGUCUGUUAAUAUUCUUUAUGAUGUACACGGUACUCUCAACAGAAGUGGUAUCCUAUAUAUCCUGGGAGACGGUGCAGAAGAGAAGGCGCUGAAACUGAGUGGAAGUGAGAUGUUAGGACGCAAACUAGUUGCUACUUCAGCAGCCCAUAGGUUUCCUAAACCCACUCCUAAAAUGGCUGCUAGGUUAGCCAAUGCCGAUCGAAAACUUAGAAGCAAAAUGAUUCAUGUUAGUGGAUAUGACACUUCGCUUCGUCCGGAUGAUAUCAAGAGCGCGUUGAUUAACCAUUUCUCUUCAUGUGGAGAGAUCCUGGAUUUUGUUUUAUUCCGCGAAGAAGAUACUCCAGUCAACGACCCCAAGUUUAUGGCUCCAAUUCCGUUCACCAACAACGCCCUCCUAUUUAUUCUUGGAGAAGACGCAGAAGAGAAGGCCGUGCAACUUAAUGGAAGUGACAUGGGUGGACGCAAACUAUUUGUUGCGCCUAGCUUCAUACCCUCAAAAGAGAGUACCCCUUUCGAAUGUCCUGUUGGCUAUACUAUCCCAGCUCGGUUUGCCAACCCUAAGAAGAAGCAGAAUAAAAAGAAGAAGACGGGCCUUAACAGGAAGAAGACUAGGAAGUAGACAGCUCUUCCUCUUCGAAUAAGACGAAACUCUGUGUUUUUAACUAGUGAUGCAAAGGCAACCUUUUUCUUUUAUAUAUAUAUUACUUUGGUCUUUUUGUGUUAAUGUAUCGUCUGUAACCUCAAUAAUCAUACUCUGCCUCCUAAGUAUGAUAUGUGUUCCGGAUGUUAAAACUAAGCUCAAUUAUCAUUAUCUGCUUUCUUUAUUGCUCAA